AUGCCGAAACCUCGUAUGCGUAUUCCCUACACGGACAUUCUAGCAUCGCCUACCAUCCUGCCGGCCUCUGCUACAACCAUCCAAGGUGGUCUUGCUGCCCUGGCCAACUUCUUCCAGGCGCCGCCUCCCAACAGCCUCCCAGACUCUACCGUUGUCCUCACGGGAGCUGGCCUAUCGGUUGCUUCUGGUCUUGCAGACUACCGUGGUGUCAAAGGCACCUACAGAGUGAACAAGACCUAUCGUCCCAUUUAUUAUUACGAAUUUGUUGGCAGUCACGAGGCACGCAAGCGAUACUGGGCACGCAGCUUUCUUGGCUGGUCAACGCUGCACAAGGCGACGCCAAACGCGGGUCAUUAUGCCAUCAGAGAUCUGGGAAACUUGGGGUUGAUUCGGAGUGUUAUUACACAGAAUGUUGAUUCAUUCCAUCCUAAAGCCCAUCCGCAAAUACCUUCCCUCGAGCUACAUGGCUACCUGAGAUCUACUGUCUGCACGAGCUGCAAGACUGAGUUUUCUCGAGAUGAGCUCCAGGGGCAGCUGGCUCGUCUGAAUCCAAAAUGGGCGGCUCUUCUAGAAGAGGCUAUUGCCUCUGGUGCUUUGGAUACAGAAAGUACAGAGGAGCGGAAAUUCAAGGGCUUGAAGGCUAACCCCGACGGCGAUGUCGACCUCCCAGAAGCACCAUAUACAACCUUUAGAUAUCCACCUUGUCCAAAAUGUUUGGCCGAUCCGCCAGAAGAUGCUAACGGCCAAAAACAACUUGUCCGGGUCGAUUCGGAUGGCGCUUGGGUGGCACCAAGUACUGCUGGUAUUCUCAAGCCAGCAGUUGUCAUGUUUGGAGAAAGUAUUGCCCGUCACGUUAAAGCUGCUUCUGAGGAUGCCAUCGAUGGCGCUGGCAGACUACUAGUUCUAGGGACGUCUCUCGCAACGUAUUCGGCAUGGCGGCUGGCCAAACGAGCCAAAGAUCGAGGAAUGCCCAUUGCCAUUGUAAACAUGGGCGGCGUAAGAGGAGAGGACCGCUUCUUCACGGAUCUAGAUCCACGACAAGGGGGUGAACAGGGAGUGAGAGUUGAGUUGUUAACGGACCAACUCCUUCCUGGCCUGGUUUCUCGAUUACGACAAACUGGAGCGGGAUCCCAUCACCACCCAGCCACGGAAAUACGCCUGGAGAAUUCGACCGUCUUCAAGGAUAUGCUGUCUUGA